AUGAAGAACGAACUCGACAGCAAGGAGGUCGAGUUUGGGACCAUUGACCUCUCCGACGUUCCAACCUAUCAAGUCGAGAGCACCGACACGCCAGAACGGCGAUCCCUCGGUGGCGAUGAAGGUGGAAUCUUCAACGACCCGCAAGCAGACGGGCUCCACCGGUCCCUAACAUCCAGACACAUCACAUUCAUCGGAUUUGGGGGCGGAAUAGGUGUCGGUCUGUUCGUCGGUAUCGGCCAAGCCUACGCUAUUGCUGGACCACUCGGUAUCUUGCUCUCGUACGCGAUAACGGGUACUCUGGUGUGGUGUGUUAUCCAAUCAAUCGGAGAGAUUGUUACAAAGUAUCCGGUGGACGCUAGCUUCCCCGGGUUGGCGACACGCUUCGUAGAGCCGGCAUUGGGCUUUACUGUUGGUUGGACCUACUGGUUCAACAUGGCCAUUUCAGUCGCAGUCGAGGUGACUGCCAUUGCCGUCCUGGUGGAAUACUGGACCGAGAGCAUCAGCUCUGCCGUUUGGAUCGCCAUCGGCCUCGUCGUCAUCUACUGUGCCAACUCGCUCCCUGUGCGGUUCUACGGAGAGACCGAGGUCUUUACUGCUUGCAUCAAGGUGAUCACGCUCAUUGGACUCAUGAUCUGUGGUCUUGUCAUCACAUGCGGCGGUGCUCCCGACCACAAGACUAGGGGAUUCGAGUACUGGCGCAACCCUGGUCCAAUCAACGAGUUCCCUGGUAUCAGUGGUGACCUGGGACGCUUCCUGGCCUUUUUCUACACCCUCACGUCUGCAGCCUUUGCCUAUGGUGGUACUGAAGUCAUCGUGCUUGCUGGCGCCGAAGCCAAGAACCCGUCAACGCAGAUCCCAAAGAACGUCAGGCUAUUCGUCUACCGCCAGCUCUUCUUCUACGUCGGUGGUGCUUUCAUGAUUGGCCUCAUGCUCCCUUCCGACCAGCCUGAGCUUGUUAACGGAGCUGGCAACGGCAACUCGUCCCCCUGGGUCAUCGCCAUCAAGCUCGCUCAAAUCAAGGUGUUGCCGUCAAUCGUCAAUGCGGCGAUUAUCACGUCCGCGGCAUCUGCAGGAAACACGUACCUGUACAUUGCCGCACGCACCCUGCGCGGAUUAGCCCUCAAUGGACACGCCCCGAAAUUCCUUGCCAAGACAACGAAGCGUGGUGUCCCGUUGUUCGCUGUCGCCUGCUCGGCGCCGAUUGGACUGCUUGCCUUCCUCAGUUCGGGAAGUGGUGGAGCUGCCCAAGCGUUCGAUUGGCUCCAAUCGCUUAUCGCCCUCAACAACACGCUCAACUGGGGCAUGCUGUCGCUCGUCUAUAUUCGCUUCUACAAGGCCAUGAAGGCACAGGAUAUCAGCCGCAAAACCCUCGUUUGGCACGGCGUUUUGCAACCUUACGCCGCGUGGUUUGCGCUCGUUUUCUGCAUGGUCGUCUGCCUCUUCAAGGGCUUCCCCGUGUUCCUCAGUGGGAGGUGGAACGCACCGGAUUUCGUCGCAGCGUACAUCAGUUUUGUGGUAUACAUUAUACCAUACGUCGGCUACAAGCUGCUCAAAAAGUCGAAGAUUGUUCCCGUAGCAGAGGCCGACCUGAAUUCAAACAUCAUCAACCCCUGGGAUAUCUCCGAGGAGCGGCCCGCAACGAAAUGGUACCACAAGGCGUGGCGUUCCGUCAGUCAGUGA